AUGAGCUCACCAGAUUACGAAUCUUAUGCCAAAGAAAUUGAGAAAUGGUAUGAUAGCGAAGAUUUUUAUGUAAAUAAAACAGCAUCAGAGCUUUGCAAUAUCUUCGAUUUAUGCAGAUUUUCAUCAAGACAAUUUAUUGGGGCAUUUACAAUUAUCAGCAAGAAGUUUCAAUAUUCCGAAGUCUCAACCAUUUCACAACAUGCUAAAAUAAGUCAUUUUGAAAACUUUGAAGAUGCUUUUGAAAUUUUGUAUUUCAUUUCAAAAAUUUUAAAUACAAAAGUUAUAACUGAUGCAGCGAUUUCCUUAAAGAAUCAAAAACCGAAAAUGGGUAAAAAUAUAAAAUAUUUAUUGAAAACGGAUAAGAAUAACUCUGAUAAAAUUUUCUUGAUAAUUGAAAAAGCAAGUGAAGAAGGAGAUAUUGAUUCAAUUAAAUUUGCAUACAAUAACGGAUAUUUCCAUGCAACUGGGUUAGGAACACAUGUAAUACUUCUACGUGCGAUUGAAUUGGACAAUUUUAAAAUGUUCAAAAAUAUUGCAUUAUGUUCAAAUGUAUGGGCAACUAACAGCCCUCAAUCUAUUAUCUGUAUUUGCAAACAAGUAAAUUCGGCAUGCCAAGAACAAUCUAGAAAUAGACUAUUAAAUGGUUCCCCAUUCUUUCGUACUGUAAUUUCAAAAAUUUAUGAUCCAUUUGCUAAAAAUAGGCUUCUUUAUGCAGCUCUAAAUACUAAUGUUGAAGUAAUUAAAUUGCUUGGUACUUCCAAUGAUUUUAAUCAAAGAGAUGAUUUUGGUGCAUCGGCCCUUCAUUAUGCAGCAUUAAAUACUAAUGUCGAAGUUAUCAAAUUCAUUGUUUCUCUUCAAAAAAUUAAUAUCAAUGCAUUAGAUAACAAAAAUAAAACCCCACUUCAUUAUGCAGCUCAUAUUAAAAACAUUGAUGUUUUCAAUUAUCUUUAUUCUCUUCCAAAUAUAAAUACGGAAGCAUAUGAUGAAAAAGGAAAAACAGCAAUUCAAUAUGCAGCUGAAAAUGAUAUUAUAGAUCAAUUGAAUAUCAAAACUUGA